CAUUCCCAUUUUUACUUUUUCUGUUUCACUCCCACUCCCACUGAGUAGAUACUAAGAGAGUGCCAAUGGCUUCCUUCACUUUGUUCUUUCUCUCCAUCACCAUCAUCCUCCAUGUCUUUGUUGCCGCAACACCCUCCUCCUCAGCUUCAGAACAACUCUCAUCAUCAACAAUUCCCACCAGGUUUCUCGAUUUCGCCAAAAAGCCUGAAACUUUCGAUUGGAUGGUGAAUAUCAGAAGGAAGAUUCAUGAGUACCCAGAAUUGCAAUAUGAGGAAUUUAAGACGAGUGAGAUCAUAAGAGCAGAGUUGGACAAAAUGGGAAUUUCAUAUAAGCAUCCAGUUGCUGAAACCGGUGUUAUUGGAUACAUUGGAACUCGAAAACCUCCUUUUGUUGCUUUAAGAGCUGACAUUGAUGCUCUUCCUAUGCAGGAAAUGGUGGAGUGGGAGCACAAGAGUAAAGUAGAUGGAAAGAUGCAUGCUUGUGGCCAUGAUGCUCACACUGCUAUGCUUCUUGGUGCUGCAAAGAUUCUCAAACAGAAUGAAAAAGACAUACAGGGAACUGUUGUUCUUGUUUUCCAACCAGCAGAGGAAGGAGGUGCAGGUGCUAAAAGGAUCAUAGAAGCUGGAGCUUUAGAAAAUGUUUCUGCCAUCUUUGGAUUGCAUGUGAUGCCUAACUAUUGUGUAGGAGAAGUCGCCUCAAGGUCUGGUGCAAUAAUGGCAGCAAGUGGCAGAUUUCAAGCGACGAUAAGCGGAAAGGGAGGUCAUGCAGCUAUUCCUCAACAUUCUAUAGACCCUAUAUUGGCUGCUGCUAAUGUGAUUGUUAGCUUACAGCACCUUGUAUCUCGUGAAUCCGAUCCUCUUGAUUCCCAGGUUGUGACGGUUGCGAAAUUCCAAGGAGGCGAUGCAUUCAAUGUUAUCCCAGAUUCUGUCACUAUUGGGGGCACCUUCCGAACUUUCUCAAAAGAAAGUUUCAAGCAGCUGAAACAGCGCAUUGAGCAGGUUAUUGUAGGACAAGCUGCAGUACAGAGGUGCAACGCAACAGUCGACUUCUUUCAGGAAAAGAAACCUUUCUAUCCUGCUGUUAUAAACGACGGCGGAUUGCACAAACAUUUCCAGAAUGUUGCAGGGAGUUUGCUUGGAACCAAUAAAGUUAUGGAAAUGCCACCAGUGAUGGCAGCAGAAGACUUUGCAUUCUAUCAAGAGGUUAUACCUGGCUACUUCUUUUUUCUUGGAAUGCAGAAUGACUCAAGUGAAAGGCUUCCAUUAAUACAUUCACCACAUUUCACAGUCAAUGAAGAUGCACUUCCUUAUGGUGCUUCCCUUCAUGCAUCAUUGGCUGCUACUUACCUUCUAAAACAUCACCAUGAUGUAACCAUUGUAGAGGGCAAAAAUCAUGAUGAAUUAUAGCUACUUCCCCAUAUAAACUGAUAAAAAGCCAAUAUUGGCUUAAUUCUUGAGCACAACCUAACAUGUGAUGUUGUAAUAAUUGUAUUGCUCUAUACUUUUAAAUUGUAAGAACUUGAUUGAAAAAUUGAAAAAAUUAUAAAGGCUAACAGUAAAUUUAUUGGGGUAGAAAC